AGCAUGCACGUCUUGCUCCUGUAGAAGUGAACUGAUCAUUUCAGUGAUUUCACUUCCUUGGAGAAACCAUAAAUAUGUUUCUGAGCCUCUGUUGGUUGCUUGUCGCCAUUGCCUAUGAGGCAGAAGGCCUGGUUGCUGAGGACUUUACAAAGUGCUCUGAGGUCUUCUACAAACAAAAAAUGCCCGUUGGCCUUGAAGUCAUAGCCAAGCCUCAUGACUUUAAAGAGAUUCCGGAUGGAAUAAAAAAAAUAAGUGAUCUGGCAUCUCCAGCCUAUAUUUGUCAAACGCAUGGAAGUAAAAGUUACUAUGCCAGUUUAUACGACAGAGGAAGGCGUAUUCCCCUGUAUUCUGCCUAUAUCCUAGACAGGAAAGAAGCAAAGGAACAAGCAGAAUGUAAACGGCCCGGAUCGUUUCAGUUAGAGCCGCAGCUGAUUUAUCGAGAACUAACAGAAAAUAUGCAAUUGAUAAACCCAACAAAGCAAAAGAUAAAAGAAUAUAACAAAAACAAUGGGAUUUCAGAAAAAUAUCCUAAAAACCAGCAAAACAGUCUUAUAAAAGCAAGCCAAGCUAUUGACGACGACUAUAUUGAAACACGUUCUACUACUAAAGCGCCUACUUCUACUACUACUACUAAGUAUAAAAGCAACUAUAGCAGGGGACAUUUGAAUCCUUGUGGCCAUCACAAUGAUCCGCAGAACUACAAGUCUACCUUCACUCUGACCAAUGUUGUGCCUAUGAAACCUGAGUUGAAUAAUGAUGUAUGGAGUGAGUAUGAGAUAGAGAUGAUUAAGAUUUCUGCAGACUGUGGUGGCAAAAUGUACGUAGUGACCGGUUCUGUCCCAGGGAAUAAUGCUCUGAAAGAUCGCGUGACCAUCCCUAAUUAUGUAUGGAAUGCCUAUUGUUGUGUGGAUAACCUCGGUAAACCUGUCAAAUCUGGCGGUGCUAUAGCUGCAAAUGACAAGGAGCUAGCUCCAAACAAAAAGUUUAAGGUAGAAAAAAUGGAACUUGGUGCCCUCCAGCUAAAACUGAAAAAUCUUCUGAAGCUUUCAAAUAACUUUGAAAUAUUUGCUUGUGAUUGCAAAGAAAGAAAAGGUAAUAAAAGGUGCAAUUCCAUUUAGCUCAGUUAAAGUGUUACUAAACCCAGGACCCUGCAUUCACUAUAUCUGGUCUCCCACAGUACACCGAACAUGGAAAGUAAAGCUUGUAGGAGGAAUUUUCAUACUGCACUAAACUGUCCUAUGGGGCUGCAAGGCUCCUGACUCUCUGUCUGGACAGUGCUGAUUGGCCCUAUGCUGAUCACGUGCACUCUC